CGUCUGGCUGCUACUGCGUCCCCCAGGUUUCCACCCAGAGUGGACGCUCCCAGACUCAGCAGUGUAAAAACGCCUCAGUGCUCCGUCCCCUGAAUUAAUGACCGCUCCGCUCUUCAGUCAGCUGCUGCUGGGCGCUGAGGUGACCGAGGAGCUGUAGCCUCGGAGCUAACGGGCAGCAAACACCUUAGUUAGAUUUAUAGAAACAAAUCAAAGACAUCUGAGCCAUGAAGACAAUCCUUGCUGCCUACUCUGGAGUUCUUAAAGGAACCGGCUCCACCAUCCUCUCCUCCCUGCAGGACCUGCCCACAGCGUUGUGGCCCUGCAGUUCCAAGAUGAAAAAGCAUCUGCAGGUCAUCUCCGUACUGCAGUGGGUCAUCUCCUUCUUAGCCAUGGGUAUUGCCUGUACGUUGUUGUUGAUUUACAUGUUCUGCACUGAUUGCUGGCUAAUUGCUGCCCUUUACACCGCCUGGCUCAUUGUUGACUGGAACACCCCGAAACAAGGUGGCAGGAGGUCUUCUUGGGUGAGAAACUGGACAGUAUGGACAUAUUUCCGAGACUAUUUCCCUAUCAGGCUCAUUAAAACCCACGAACUGCUUCCUAGCCGGAACUACAUAUUGGGCUACCAUCCGCAUGGUAUCUUCUGCUUUGGUGCUUUCUGCAACUUCGGGACGGAAGCAACAGGAUUCUCUGAGAAAUUUCCUGGGAUCAAGCCCUCCCUGGCAACUCUGGCAGGAAACUUCCGCUUGCCAGUCCUUCGAGACUACCUGAUGUCUGGGGGUAUCUGCCCAGUGAACAGGAACUCUAUGGACUACCUGCUCUCGUGUAAUGGGACAGGGAAUGCUGUGGUCAUUGUUGUUGGAGGAGCAGCAGAGUCUCUGCAAUGUGCACCGGGCAUGAAUUCUGUCACCCUAAAGAACCGCAAAGGCUUUGUAAAGCUGGCCCUGCAGAAAGGGUCUGACCUGGUUCCUGUGUAUUCUUUUGGAGAGAAUGAUGCCUACAAGCAGGUGAUCUUUGAGGAGGGGACCUGCAGGAGAGCUCUGCAGAGGAGGUUACAGAAGAUCUUGGGCUUUGCCCCAUGCCUUUUCUACGGCAGCUCCUGGGGAAUCGUGCCUUUUUGCAAUCCUAUUACCACCAUAGUUGGUGAGCCAAUCACAGUGCCUAAAAUUGAGGACCCAACUAAGGAGAUGGUGGAUCUUUACCAUGGAAUGUACAUCAGGUCUCUCCAGUGCCUUUUUGACAAGUACAAGACCCGCUUUGGUUUGAAAGAGAGUGACAUCCUGCACAUCCAGUGAGAGGACGAGGAGCUCCUGCUGAACAUCCCUCCUCGUCCUACCUCAGCUGUCUGGUUCAUCUCUGGACUGUGAAACCAUACAAGAAUAGAUGUCUGCUAAAGAAAUCUCCGUUCACUGCAGUGUUCAUAAAGUACACUCACACAGCUGGAGCUUGAGCUCAGGAAAAGACUGGCUUCAAGAAUGAUUGUCUCACUGCAGACCUUUUUUUGGACAGAGUUGCACCAAAUAUAACAUCAAAAAAUGUGCGUUUUGGGUUCAUUCAGUUUCUCAGAGUAGAUUUUUGAUAUGCACAGUCUCAUCAGUGCAGAGGGGGGUAAGCUCCACUAGGUGGAACUGCAGAGAAAUUUGGAAAACAUGCCAAUGUCUUCCACUACCAGUGCAUUGGUGACACUUGUUCUUAUGCGCUUUUUCACCCUAUUACCUGCUAAACGCACAAAUAAUCCAAGUGGAAAGCACCCUUAGUAAUGGGCUGACAAGCCCAAAUGUUAAUUGAGCCAAAGAUGUUUUUCCCACCUCAUAUGCAUUGAUUUCUAUUAGAUGUAAACAGAAAGUAUCAAUUUUCUACACGCUGGAUUGACAUUGUAAAUGGACGGUACACACGUGCCUGUAAUUGUUAUUGCCAUAAAGUAUUAAUACAGGUCCUUCUCAAAAUAUUA